CACGUUUGCUCAAAGUUUAAACUUCAAAAUCUUAAUGCAAUUCUAAUAAUUAUGUAUUAAAUUACGUGUACAGUAAAAUAUCCGUGUUGGUUUAUUGUUAUUAUUUUCAUUAAUGUAUAAAUUAAUAAUAUUUUUUUUAAAUAUCUGUUAGAAUGCAUGAUUCAAACCAAUGCCUACAUUAUAGGUAGCAAAUUGCAGGUAUUAUUUUGUUUUUUUAAAUUCUUAUUUUGUAUAUUAUGCUGAAUUUCUAAAUUGUAACGAGCAGUGACUAAUAGAAUAAAACAAUUAAUUUUAAUGAUAGUAUUAUAAUAUUAUGUUGAAAUUAUGAAUAUUAUUGUUAAAUAAUUCUCUGUAUUUAGUACUUGGUUAUCAUGUAGGUAAAAUAAUAUUCAAGAUAAAUUAUAUUAUAAUAAUAUUAUUGAGUUUAGUACUAAAAAUAUAUUGUGUACCUAUAUAUCUCAAUUAUAUAAUCAUUGUAAUUAAUUAUUGGUCGAUUUAUUUAUUUUGAAUUAAAUAUGUUUUUGUUAAGUACUUGUGUACUUAUUUAAUUGUAAUGGAUUAUCAAAUAAUAAUAACUUAACAUUGGUAAUAAAUUAAAUAUAAGUAUCAAAAAUCGUUCUACAUAUUUAUUAUAUGUAAGUACCUACCUACUUAUUUAAAAUAUUAUUUAUCAUUAUAGGUGUAAUAUUACAUUGAAUACAUUUAGAGUAACAUAAUAUAUACAGUGUAAUUGCUCAAUUUUUCAUUGUUAUUCUUAUAUUUUUAAAAAAUAUAUCAAUUCAUGUGUUGAAUGUAUGAGGUUUUAUAUGAAUAAACAACCGACAUGGAGAAAUAUUUAAAUUAAAAAUUACAUUUUUUCAUGUUUAUCAUUUUUUAAAGUGAAUACAUUUUAUUUGUUACUAUUUUUUUUUUUUUUUAAUACUUAGGUAUUAAUAAUAUUCAUAAUAAAUUAUAUGACUGUUGACAUUGUGAAAUAGCUGUUUUAAGUUACAUUUAAAAAGUUUAUUUAAUACCUUUUAAAGUGAUUAGGUUUUAGGUUCUAUUUAUUAUGAGCUUAUUUAAACAAAAUCACUCGAUCACUGUACUCCCUCAGAUUGUUUUAAUGAAAAAUAACCUGUUGAUUUGUUGUACAAAAUUAUGUCUGGUAGGUAACAGGAAAAAAAAAAAAUGCAUUUUACAAGGAAAACUAUAUUUAAUAAUUAUUAUUGUAUGGGGUACCAAUAAAAACAUAAAACAUUGUAAAAGUGCAAAGAAACACGGGGACCUCAGGAAUGAUACCAAGUACAGAUCACCAAUAAUUUAUAACAAACAAGCCACAAAAGAAGCAAUUUUGAAUUAUUUAACACAAUACACAUAAUAUCUGAACUUAAAAGACUAUAACAUUGAAACUAAGUUAGUUUGCUCAAUUCUGACUUCACCAUUGCUAUUAACUCGGUAAUAUAUAUAAUAUUUUGUAAUAAUAAAAAAAAAAAAAUUUGCAUGGACCAGUAACUAGAUUUAUACCCAUAAAAUAAAUAAUAUUAUUAUUAUGCAUAUUAGCAAAAAGUAGCACUAAAAAUCUAGAAUGCUUUAAAAUAUUCAUUAAAUAGCAAUAUCAAAUGUAUGGUAGUAAUUAUUAGUUCACUUGAUUUAAGAUAAUUUUGUUGGAUAUCCCUUCUUGCUGCUGCACUUCUACAUUCUGCAUUGAAACAUUUCCUUGGCUUUUUUUAAAUGUACAGUGUGCUGUGUAUUUUUCGUGGCUUUAAUAAUUGUAUAUCUAACUAACUUCCAACACCAUUCAAAAUUACAAGGUGUAGGUACUAUUCAAAAAUCAAAAAAUGGUUCAAGAAGUUCAGAGAAGUCUGUGUAUGACCAUAGUUGGCCACUAUUAGAUUUUAACGUGAUAGCAAAAUUUGCUAUGAAAAUCGAAUAUUUGCAUCAGUAAUUGAGAAGGGAACCGUAGCCCUACGACGGCUUAUUGCCAGCGUUACUACGAACAUUUGCCGACCGAUUUCAUAUUUAUUGUAUUUCAAUUUUAGCUGUAAAACUGCCCAAAUAUCUAUAAUUAGUUUGUUUUUAUUAUGUUCCGUUGUUAUGAUAUUAGAUUCUAAGUUGAUUGAUGAAGCUUAUGGUUUUAAAACUGAUGUUUAUUUAUUUUUUUUAUCUGUGGACAACUUUUUUUUACUAGAAGUGUUGCUCCAAUUUUUUAGUGUAGCACCUUUUUUGAAAGAAAAUCGUACUGUGAAGGUACUUUGAAGGGAUCAUUUUUUGAUUUUCUUAAGAGUUUUCUCAACAAACGCGAUAAACCGAAAAUAAACUGAGGAAAAAUGUGAAAAUAUAUGGAAUGUAUAUUGUAUGGUAUUAGUUGAAAAAACAUUACAGUCUUUUUUUUCCUGUGAGCAACUUUUCUCUAAGUAAUUUUGCUUCGAUUUACAAUGAUAGCACUUUUUCUAAAAGGAAAUCUCACUGGGGAGGUACCUUAGGGAAGCCAUUUAUUGAUUUUCUUACUAGUUUUCCCAAUAAAUGGGAAAAUAGGUACAAUAUUAAACAAUUAUUAUUAAUGAAAAUAUAUAAUGCCUAUGCAAUUAUUUUGUUAUGUAUAUUUUUGAUAAAGCAACUACUGUAUUAAAUAAUAAUAAUAAUAAUAACUACACUUUCAACUGAAUUCUGUCUAGAAUCCUUUUUUUCGUUUAUCUUUGCCUACAGAUAUACAUUAAAUUUUCACUCUACUAUCUUUCCAUCUUCUCACCUACAAUAGUGGCUGCACUCAAUUGCGAUUUUGCCCAGCUUUUUAAGGUUAAGGGGUACAGAUAUACUUAAAGAAGCAAGAUACUCUGACAUCUUCUAGUUUUUAAAAUUGGAUUUUUCUAUUGUUUAAAAGACAAUUCUUUUUGCAGGAAUUUCCAAUUCUCAUUAAUUCUCAUUAAUAGCUUACUUAUUUUGAAUACAGUUAAAUAAUGGAUAUAAAGAGCCAUAGUUUAGGUUUUGAUACUUUGAUUAUACAAAUCAUGGAUAGUUAUAAAAAUAGUUUAACUUUCCACUGAUUUACUUUUUUAUAUUAUAAUUUAUAUUUGUAUGCAAAUUUAUACUUACCCUCCUCUGGAGGCAUAUGAUAUAACUUGUUUAGUGAUUCCGGGUCCCAAUCUCUUACUGGUGGGUAAUUCUAGUAAUAAUAUGGUAUUGUUUCUGUAGGUGGGAGGGAAUCAGAAUAUUCCCAUGUUACCUCUACCUGGUGCAUGAGGUGACAAAUGGUCUUGUGUUAGGUCGAAAACCGGUGUAAAAUUAUAUCAAAUACUUGGUGUGAGGAUUUAUAAAUGUUGAUUUAGCCCCUUCUCAGAUGUGUGUUAGGACAACAAGUGAGGUGCUAUGAUGCGUGCUGUUUGCAGAUGAUAUAAUUUUGAUAGGAGGACGUGUGAAAGAAGUUAAAAAUUGGCUUGAAGAAUGGAGAGUGGAAGUUGAAGAAAAGAGACUGAGUAAAAGUAAGUAAAAGUAAAACAGGAUAUAAGUUUGGAGGAAUAAAACAAGACAACUAACAAUAGUAAGAGAUUAUAGGCAAGGUUGAUAGUUUUAAGUACCUACUUAGGAUCUUUUGUAGAAAAUCGGUGGCUUUCAUGGGAAAGUAUAACAAAGGAUUAGGUAUGGUUGGAUAAAGUGGAGAAAAGUGUCAGGUGUUUUAUGUGACAAGCGAGUUUCAAUGAGACUGGAAGUAAUGUUCUACAAAAAUGUGGUGAGACUAAUUAUGUUUUAUAGUUCGGAGUGUAAGGUAAAAGUCUGAAAAGUAAAACAGAGAAUGAGUAGGGAAUCGGGUCAAUUGAAAGUUAAGGACGAAGGUGGCUUACUUAAUAAUAAAAUAAUCCCAAAUAAUUUGGAUGAAACCGAAAAAGAAGAUGACAUUUUAUAUUAACUAACAUUAAAACGAUCGAAGGUACUAUGAUACAGAUAAUCGAACAAAAAAACUAAAUUGUUCGUCUUCAAUUUGUAACUAAGUUAGUACAACUAAUCAAUUAACGAAACGAAUAUUUAAAGGUGUUAAUUUUUCAAUGCAUUGUGUUUAACAAAGUUUCAAUAAAAAAAAAAAAAAUAUUAAAAAAAGUGUUCGCUGCUCCCUAUUGGAUAAUUUUGUGUACGUUUCCUUGGCAAACAACUUAUUUUGAUUUGAACAUAGUAUCUGAUUAUAUCUAGUGUAUCUAGUGUACUUACCUAUACAUUGUUUCGAACAAUAUUAUUAUUUGUGGUCUACAUUAAAUAUUGCAAACAUGGACGUGAAGCAUACCUAUUUUAUUCGUGUCUAAUUCUGAUGAAGUAUAAGUAAAUACGACGGCCACACAUCACAGUAGUUCUUCGAUCUCAAUUAGAAAACCGCCCGAUUCUGAUUUCCUAUACGAAAUUUACAAUGUUCUCCUAUUAUUACGAAAAGUGCUUUGCAUUCCAAAAAGUAACACAUAAUUAAAUUUGAAAUGCUACAAAGAAUGCUCUUAUGAAUUUGUUCAUUGAAGUAAGUAUUCAAGUUUAAAAUCUGAAGUGAAUUUGAAAAUUGAAAAAAUGGUAGGUACUAGUAGUUUAGAAAGUAAUAUUGGUGUAGUCCACAAAUCCAUUAUCACUCAUUACAAUACUUAAGACGAGUGUUUAAAUAUUUUUUAUUCAUGGUAACUUUAAUGGUAUUGGAAUGAUUGGUUAGGUACUGCUGUUUUUUUUUUUAAUAGACCAUUUGGUUGUCCUCUGUAUCGGUUGGCGGUUGAUGAUAAUAAAUCUGAAAACAUAUUUAAAAUCUUAAUUUUGUGUUUGUUCAAUCAGCUUUCCUUUUGUUUUUAUUCUUCAAAUAUCUGAUCUUUAAUCCUCCCAGAAGUUUGAUUUAAACAUUUAAAAUGUUUUAGAAAAUUCCACGUAAGUUAAAACAAAAUUGGCAAAUGUAUUAAAGAAAGUGAGGAAGUCAAUUCAAAGUAAUCAAGUAAAAUAUUUAAAAACGAGUUUAAAUACGUUUUCAAAUUUUUUAUCGUAUAGCUAGGUCGACUGCCGGUACAAUGGACAAUAAGUACAUAUUUCUAAUAAAAUAGGUAGUAAGUACAUUUUAGAUUUAUGUAGUAUAUAAAUUGCCUAUGAAUUGUUUAUCCCUUGCUUCUAACCUACCUUUCUUACCUAACCGAUGGUUUUUUUUAAUUAUUUUAUGUUAUGCUGAUUUCAGAAAAAACUGCAGUCGCCGUGUUAAUUAAAAACGAUAAUAUUUCAAAUCUAUGUCAUUUACAACGAAAAUAUGUGUAAUAAAAACGAGUAUAUACUUGGUAGAGUGUUUGGUAAAACAUUUACGCUGCGCACGGGAUGGUCUUUACCAAAUCCUGAAGAUAUGUUUACCGAACCUCCGUGGCAGUUGAACGAUUUGCAAAAUUUAAAAACGACGUUAAACCGUACUAAACAAAAAUUAAAUUUAUUUGAUUUGGACCAAUGGCACGCACACACGACCAAAAUGAAUCCCGCGGGCCUGGUCAUAAAUCACAUCAGAAAGCACGUACGUCCCGACUUUUUGACCCAGGCCUGGUGCAAAUUCUACGAGAUAGCAUAUAGUUCGCCGUUAUUUCCGCGGGACGCCGCCGUCAACAGUGAGGAAAACAGUCUGUUCACUGUACACCUAUGUGAGGCGCCCGGCGCUUUUGUGUCCGCCUUGAACCAUUACAUGGCGAUCAAUCACGAGGGGCUGCGGCUGAAAUGGCUGGCGAUGACGCUGAACCCGUACCACGAGGCCAACGGACAUCCCGACAUCGUCAGCGAUGACCGACUGAUACUGAACACGCUUGACAACUGGGAGUUCGGGCCGGACUACACAGGUGACAUUUUCCAACCGGGGUACGCCGAUCACCUGCACCGGACGGUCUUGCGCAGAUUCAGCGGCGAAGGCGUGGGCUUGGUGACGGCCGACGGCAGCAUUGACUGUUCGGAUAACCCCGGCGAACAGGAAAACAUUGUGAUGCGCCUGCACAAUUACGAGACUAUGGUGGCGUUGAACGUGCUCAGGAAGGGUGGGUCACUGGUGCAGAAAAUGUUCACCACAUUCGAGUGCGGUUCCGUUUGUAGGAUGUACUUGUUAUGUACCGUAUUCCAGUCGGUAAUAGUCAGGAAACCGGCGACCAGUAAACCCGGUAACUCGGAGGUGUACGUGGUAUGUACGGGCUACCUGGGCCGAGAGACGGCCUUGCCGUUUAUACGGAAGUUUUUCGCGGCAAACGCGUCGAUUUCGCCUGGUGUAAGUGAUACGAUGGCCAUGUUCCCGUUGUCCCAAAUUCCGAGUGAAUUCAGAACCGAAUUGCGCCGGUGUUCCGAGUACUAUUCGCGGUUGCAAAUCGAAACGAUCGAGAAUAAUAUCAAAGCGUUGUCGUGCAAAGAGGACAGCUAUCGUGAAAUAGAAACGCGCCAGUGGUCCGUGUGCAUCAAUUUCGUGGCCCGGUACGGUUUACGGCCGAUCCGGUACAACCAAGAGUUGAUGUCGAGCAGCUAUAAACCGCCGAAAGUUCGUGUCUAUAACUGCAAACGUCGGGGUUGGUCCUACGUAGAGAAGAUACGCAUGCAUCACUUGGCUCCCGAACAGGAGGCUGACAUGUUGUACCGGGAAGUGGUAGAUAGUGACGAAUGGAAAAUAAUGUACCGCGUCCGUGACGUCUGCUGGGGGUAUCGCACACAUAUUACCGUCAGGCUUUCGGACGUGGAGUAUCAUCUGGGCAAACCGGUGACCGUGAUUAAGGGGUCGAAGUUCUGCAAUGAGUCACUAAUACACUUCAGGCGGCGAGUGUUGUCAAAAUUCCCAUCGGUCCCGAGUACGACUAGUGCGGAAUCCCGAAGUCUUUAUUACCAUUCCAAGCUCGAUCUGCGGCCGGAAAACACAGCUGUUUGUGACCUGACUGAUAUAUGUGCCGAACACGGUACCAACAACACCGCCGUUCAGCAGUAUCAUUGUUUGGAAUCCAUGAUGGAUGCUUUAUGCUGUAAAAUUGCCGCCGCCUCUGUCGAUAGCUUGCUCCUCAUCGGGUAUCCGUUGUACACACAAAUGUCGGUGGCUUGUUUUUUCGCAGUGACCAGCAUGUUUGAUAGGUUCGGUCUGAUCAAACCCCACAGUCAGUAUGGUCACGCAAUUGUAUUUACCGGGUACAAGAGGCACGAUGGCUGGUUGAACGCAUUGGCUACCGUUAAAAACCUCUUGCCGCCCGAAGCCAACAACGGUUUGUCGUUGAUUUCGUGGGUACCGAUCAAGGUAUUACUAAAACAAAAGGUUUAUGCGGACCUAGUGACGGUCAAUAAUUUGUGUAUUGUUAACGAAAUCAAACCCGUUUUAUCGUCGUUUUUAGGAUAUAUUUCUUAGCAUCUACUGUAAUACAUUUUUUUUCUUUUGCUCAUCAAAUUAUAUCUUGGCUCGUAUAUUUGAAAGUUAUACUUGUCAUUCGAGAAAAGAAAUGUUCCACACUUUGAAAUUGCAUUGGGCCUGACACCACAUUGGAAGAAAAUAUUUUAUGUUAUUCCAUGUACAGUUUUAUAUAAUGUACUUAAAAUUCAACAAAUUUUCUUGUAAAUAAUUGUGUUAAUAUUGUUUUUGUGUUUAGAAAAAUUAGUUAUAAUUAAGAAAUGAGUGACCAACUCGAGAAUGCAGUCUGAUUGACCUUCAUACAUGUACCGAACCAUCAUUGUUGCCACAUGAACAGUAUAAUUGAAUUAUCAUCGUACUACCGAAAAACCGAAACAACCAAAUAGUCGGAAUAAUCGAAUAACUGAAUAACUUGGAAUGUUAUUUUCAAAUGGUGCAUAAUCUAAAGACUAAUAAUAAUAUAUUAGUGGACAACAAUAUUUACUAAUACCAGCUACUGAUCAUUGCAGCAUAUUGCAUUGUAACAAUGUUAUGGCGGUGAUUAAUACAGUUUUAUAUUUUUAAAAACCUUUUUCAUACGUGCAUUUAUGUAUUGUAUAUUAUAACAUAUUUUAAAUAUACUUAUAGAUUCUGAGCGGAGCGAGG